AUGGCUUCCAAUAGUUACCAGUGUGAUGACCUUCAUCACAUCGUUUACCUACCUCUGAUUGAACCAGAACUCCGUUACCCCACUCCCCGUUCCGUCCAAGUUGAAGUAACCAUCACCCUUCAACUCGAGGUCAUCCGUCAUUAUUGCUUAAUCGAUCAAUUCACCUACCUUGAAGAUGCAGAACCUUUGCAAGAAACUCUUCGUUUUGAUCUCCGUGUUUUGAAAAACCAUGACCUAGCUUACCAGUUUCUUGCUCCCAUGUUGAGAAGCCUCGGAGUCAACCCCAGUUCUCCUUUAUUCAAUGCUGUCAUCGAUGAUAUCAUCCAACAUGGACAAAGAAUCGGAAGCUCGAUGUCCGACAUGGGAAGUAAAGUCCUGCCUUUGUAUGUAGACUUAUCGGGGACACUUGUGCAACACGUGAACCAGGACGAAGAGUAUGAGGAAGAGAUAGAAAGAGCGUUGGAAGAAUCGACGUCAGAGUUUGAAACGGGCAACUAUAACAUGGUUCCAGCGAAGGCUUCAUUGGUCAAGAAGAUGCUGAAGAGGGUUCGAGUUGGAGCUGGAGAGUUUGAACAAAGAGGUGGAGAAAAUAUCAAGAAAAGACGCGUGAAAGGUGAUAACUGCGUGAUAUGUUUGGAAGAACUUAAAGUUGGAUCAGAUGUUUCUCAGAUGCCUUGUUCUCAUACUUUUCAUGGUGACUGCAUUGAAAAGUGGUUGAAGCAGAGCCAUUGUUGUCCUGUUUGCCGGUUUGAGAUGCCGAUUUGA